AUGGAUCACGCGAAAGGCCCAGCCGGUUUAGCCAGUUCAGGAGCGGCCUCACGAUCAGGAGGUGCUAGCAAUAGUAGCAGUAGUAGGCUCGGUCAAUUGAACGACCCUACAGUAGGUUCGGCGGCGAACAACCCUGUUACAAUCACUUCCCCUAACGUCACACCGGCAACUGCUCCGUCGUCUAAUGUAACCACUCCGCGCGCCACUCCCAGCUUCCCCCGCCCUGGGGGGGGAAGCGCUGCGCUUUCGCCUUACUCCGCAGGCGCGUCGCCGUAUCGAUCGGCUGCUUCCUUUUACGGGGCCACCGGAAACCCUUCCGCCAGUUCUGGUCCUUUAAAAGGCGCUGCGGGUGGCGCUGGCGCAGGUUCCGCCUCUGUGUCCGCGUCUCCUAGUGUGGCGGAACGACGGGCGGAGAUCGUCGCGCAUCAUCUCCGCGUGGCCGCGUCUCUGGCUUCCGCCGUUUCCGCCAUCGACGACUCCGCGGGCUCCGCCGUUUCCGCUGAUCCUCCCCCGCUGGACUUACAGAGCGCAGCUGUUCGCGCGGAAGGGCAGCUUCCGCCAGGCGAGAUCGGGGGAGACUUGAGAGUGACAGUAACGAAUGAGACAGGAAUGAAUGGCGCAUUCAAGAGCGAGACGGAAGCCGAAGCGGCGGAACGGACUGAUUGGGAUCGGUCGGCCGAAGGGGACGGUAGACCUGACGAGGCGGGGAACAGUGAUCCGAAACGGACCGAGAAUAAGCGGAUCGAUAGCCGUCGAGGAAAUAGCGGCGGCGGCGGCGGCGGCGGUGUUGGUGGCGGAAGUGGUAGUGGUAGCGGUGGACAGAGGAGAUCAGGCGGAAGUGGAGACGCGGAUGCGGGGGAGACUUCGAGGCAAAACGAAGGCGGGCGCCCCCCGCGCAGCCCUGAGGACGGGAGCGGCAGUCGCGGAAGGAAGAAGGGCAGCGCCAAGCGGUAUCCAGUGCGCCGGCAACUGUUUUCCGCGGGAGGGCGACGCGCGGGCGCCGCAACGGGGGGAAACGGGGGCGGGGAUGGAGCCGGCGGAGCAGGCGAACGGGGCGGAAGAGGCGCGCGGGGAUCUUCCGCGGGGCAGGGUGAGGAGUGGCGGGCUCCGCAGCCGUGGGGGCGCGCGGGGAGAGCAGUGCGGUCGGUGCUCCGCACAUGGGGUUGGGACACGUUGUUCUGGCGGCACGAGGAGCAGGGGCAGCUGCUGGGGGGAGGGCGGGCGAGCGGAGAAUCAGGGCGGGCGGAAGAUGGCGCGCAGGAGGAGGAAGGCGGGGGAGGGGAGGGGGGAGGAGAGGGGUCGGGGUCGGGGGCGGGGGCGGGGGAGUGGGGGAGGCAGUAUCCGCAGGGCGCGCAGGGGGAUCCGCUGGAGAGUUUGGACUAUGAUGUGAUAGACAACUCGGUGUAUCGCGAGGAACAGGCAAGGAGGGGCAAGUUGCACCAGAUGGGGUACCUCAUAGUCAAGUGGGUCUUUGCUCUCUGCCUCGGCAUAGCCACGGGUCUGGCAGCCUUUUCCAUCAACGUGGCAGUGGAGAUUCUCGCGGGGUGGAAGUUCGGGGCCACGUGGUGGGUGAUGCAGCGCUCGCACGCGCUGGCCUUCGUGGUGUACCUGGCCUUCAACGUGCUGCUCGUCUUCUCCUCCUCCUUCAUCGUCACCCGCUUCGCCCCCGCCGCUGCCGGCUCGGGGAUUCCAGAGAUCAAGGGGUAUCUGAACGGCAUUGAUAUGCCGGGCAUCCUGUUGGUGCGCACGCUGGUUGGUAAGAUGCUGGGCAGUGUGGGGUCGGUGGCUGGUGGGCUGGCGCUGGGCAAGGAAGGCCCUCUCGUGCACACUGGCGCGUGCCUUGCUGCUCUCAUCGGUCAGGGCGGCUCAUCGCGCUACCGCAUCCCCUUCAAGUGGUUCCGGGCAUUCCGCAAUGACAGGGACAGGCGAGACAUGGUCACGUGUGGAGCGGCAGCGGGGGCAGCAGCGGCGUUCAGAGCACCAGUAGGGGGAGUGCUGUUUGCACUGGAGGAGGUCACGUCCUGGUGGCGCCCGCAGCUCAUGUGGAGGGUGUUCUUCACGUCAGCAGUGGUGGCGGUGGUGCUCAAGGCGUGCAUGCGCUGGUGUGCCAGCGGGGAGUGCGGCAAAUUCGCAUCGGGCGGGUUCAUCAUUUGGGAUGUGCACGGGGGAGCGAGUGAGUUCUUCUCUUAUCAGCUGCUACCCAUGACCAUGCUCGGUCUCAUGGGUGGCCUUCUAGGGGCACUGUUCAACCAGCUCACACUCUACCUCUCGGCAUGGCGCCGCAACUACCUCCACAAGCGAGGCGAUCGAGUCAAGAUCAUCGAGGCGUGCCUGGUGGCAGCAGCGACAUCAGCGCUGUCCUUCACCAUCCCCUUCCUGGCGCCGUGCCGAGCAUGCCCUGACCCCAUGCGUUACCCUGACAUUGUGUGCCCGCGCCCCAAGUACCACUGGGGCAACUUCGUGCAGUUCAACUGCCCUCGCGACGACCAGUACAAUGACCUCGCCACCAUUUUCUUUAACACACAGGACGACGCCAUCCGCAAUCUGUUCAGCAGCGGCACUAUCCAGGAGUACAGCGCCACCACCCUCAUCUCCUUCCUCCUCAUCUUCUUCUGCCUGGCGGUGCUGACAUACGGCAUAGCGGUGCCGUCAGGGCAGUUCGUGCCAGGCAUCAUGAUAGGUGCCACGUACGGGCGGCUGGUGGGCAUGCUCAUGGUGCACAUGUACGGGCAGGACAACACGGACGAGGGCACGUACGCGCUGCUGGGAGCAGCAUCGUUCCUGGGGGGGUCGAUGCGCAUGACGGUGUCGCUGUGUGUGAUCAUGGUGGAGAUCACCAACAACCUCAACCUGCUCCCGCUCAUCAUGCUCGUCCUCCUCGUCUCCAAGGCCGUGGGAGACGGGUUGAACGCGGGUUUCUACGACCUGCACGCGCAGCUGCGUGGCAUCCCCAUCCUGGAGGCCCAGUCGCAGCGCUUCAUGCGCAUGCUGUCCGCGCGGGACGCGGCGUCCACCAAGGUGGUGUACUUUGCGCGCGUGGAGAUGGUGGGGCGCAUUGCCGAGGUGCUGCGCUCCACGUCGCACAACGGCUACCCCGUGCUGCAGGACCUGCCUGAUGGGCACACGGCGCUUGCUGGGCUUAUUCUGCGCAGCCAGCUGUUGGUGCUUCUGCGCUCCAAGGCGGACUUUCAGCAGUCGCCCACCGAGAGAAUUCACCCCCUGCAGACCAGCUCCCUGCGCUCGCUGGGAAGCUACUCGUUCUCAGACUUUGCCAAGCCGGUGUCCACCAAGGGCAUCACCAUUGGGGACAUAGAGCUGUCUCGGGAGGACCUCACGCUCUGGAUCGACCUGGGGCCCUUCCUCAACCCCACGCCCUUCAUCGUUGACGAGAACAUGUCGCUCACUAAGGUGCACACGCUGUUUCGGCAGCUGGGACUGCGCCAUCUGUGUGUGGUGCCGCCUCCCUCCAGAGCUGUUGGCAUCAUCACGCGCAAGGACCUUCUGCCUGAGAUUCUGGAGGAGCGGCAUGCAGAGUUUGAGGACCUCACAUGGGAGGAAGGCGAGAUCGAGACGUUCACGCCUCGCCUCCUGCGCCGCGGCUCAUCUGCUGCCCCCCAGUCGCCCGCGCAGCACCUUCAGCAGCAGCAGAUGGAAGUGCAGCUGCGGGAGAUGGGCGCUCGGGCAUUCAAACGGGGAGCAGCAGCGAGGCGGGGCGAGUAG